CGGCGGCCGCGAUGGAGCGCUUGGAGCGGUGCGCCCGCUGCCUGCGGGCCCGGCUGGUGACCGCGGCAGUGCGCCGCCGGCUGCCUUGGUUGCUGCUUGGCCUUGUCUUCCUCGGGUCCGCCCUCAAGGACGCCGAUCUGGUGCUGGAGACGCCCAUGCAGAACAAACGCAACGCGCUCAACGUGUAUUUUGUCAAGGUGGCUUGGGCAUGGACGUUCUGGCUUCUGCUGCCUUUCAUCGGAGUCACCACCUACCUGUUUGCCAAGAGCAAGUUCCUCUACGGCUCCACAAAGAGCAUUCUGGCAGCUCUGCGGCGUCUCAGCACGCUGCUGGUGGGCACUGCUGUCUGGUAUGUGUGCACUGAACUCUUCGUGUACAUCGAGAAUCUCACCGGCACGUGCAUUACCUCGACUAAACUCAGUGAGCCUCACCAGCUCUAUGCCACCAAGCAGGAGUGCCAUCGGAACAACGGGGUCUGGGAUGGUUUUGAUAUCUCGGGGCACUGCUUUCUGCUCUCAUACUGCACUCUCAUGAUUGUGGAGGAAAUGGCUGUGCUGGAAGGCUUGUCCAUAGACCGCAACUCAAGACUGCGUGUUGUUAUCAACGGCCUCUUUGUGUCCUUGUGUUUUCUCACCAUGAUCUGGGUGUUCAUGUUUCUAUGCACUACUGUGUAUUUCCACAAUUUCAGUCAAAAACUUCUUGGUGCACUGAUAGGUUUGGCAGCUUGGUAUGCAACAUACAGAGUUUGGUACUUGAAACCUUUUUCUCCCGGACUGCCUCUCCCAAAUGUACCUUUGAGUUCAAAGAAAUACGGUUACAGCCGAUAAUUUUUUUAACUUUGGAUUUUUCUUUCAAUGCCAGAGUAGUUCAGUACAGGCAUGGUUACAGGCUUUCCACCGUGAGGAACAAGGUAACGGGCUGGAGAAAACAGCCUUUACUAGCUGGUGGCUGGGAGGUGAUAAUAAACUUUGUGCUCAUGAUGAAAAAGAAAUUGGUAGUGGAAAAGGUCUGCUCUUGGCUGGGAGUUACUGACAAAGAAAUACAAAGUUGGAUUUGUUUCUUGCAUUAAUAAAUAGAGGAACAGAUCUUCCAAAACUGACAGAGGCCUUUGCACUUUAAGACCUUAACUGACCUUAAGUUAAUUCUCCCUCUUUCUAUCUAUUUUUAUCAAAAUACCAGGGAUGAUCCAGAUGUCUUUUUUUUUUAAUACUCCUACUUGUUCUUUCUUAGAGGAAGUCUCUCCUAAUGACUGCUGCUAACUAUUGCAGAAGGCUUUAGCCACCAAUGUUCAUUUGGUAAAGCAGUGUGAAGCUCAGUUGCAAAAUGCUAACAUCUCAUGUUAUCAGGUAUUAAAUACACCUAACAAGGGUUUGGGGCAAGUUGGUGUAUGCGUGUUCUGCAGCAAAGAGAAUGAAUCUGAGAUACAACAGCUUAAGCAGUCUGUGACUUGAAAGUGAUACCUGUCUUUGGAAAGGGAACUCUUCAAUAACAAGUCUUACCUUCUCCUUGCACUGUAAAUAACUGUAGUCAUGUUUUGUAACAUGCUGGACACAAAAAAAUCCCAAGUCUAUUGAGAAAGUUGGGUGGUUGGUUGUUUUUUGUUUUUUUUUUUAACCUUACACAUUUAGCACCAUAAAACUAUGAGUGCUUUCUGGUCUGUUUCUUCCAGAACAGCAAAAUUCUGGUGUUAUGAACAUGUUAGCUUAACUUGCUCAGUAGCCUGCUUGGUAUUGAAUGGAACUUACUGUUCAUCCUAAGAGCUGCAAAGCGGUUUGCUUGAAGCAGUAUUUGUUUUGUUUAUCAAUGAAUGUCAAUAAGCUACUUAAUUUUGAUUGCACACAUAGUUGUGGCUGCUUCUGAUGCAUCUGGAAACACACUAUAAUUCAUUGUAUAAUGAAUGGGUAUGAAGUUGGAUGGGUUUGCUCAUCAUAUCAAACGUUUAGCAUAGUUUUUAUCUUGCAAAGCUUUUUAUUAGGUUUUAUAAAGGUUUGCUCCUGUUGCAGUUGCACAAAACUUGUGUGAAGGUUGCAGUGUUGAAAGAGGCAGUUGAGGAGGUUUGUAGGCACAGCUGUAGUGUGAGAGGAGACAAACUGCAGCGUUUGGCUCCAAACUGAUUGUUUUGUUGAACAGAAUAUGAUGCAGCAUAGUCAACCUUGGCACAUUUUUGUUGUGGUUUUGUAUUUUUUUUACCAUCUCUACAGUUCUUUUUCAGCAGAUGAGUGGAAGUAUUUGCAGUAGUUAUAGUGACGUCAAUUCAGUGUUUGUGGCUCGCCUGUGGGGAAAGUUGAAUUCCCUUGACUUCCCACUCUGCCCAGUGCCAAACCUGAGUUGUUUUGCAGCAUUAGAAAGUACAGAUCACCAUGCAGAAAAGCUUUUUCAGGAGUUGAAGUAUUUUCUAUCAAGUUCCUCCUUUUGUCUUUGCAGUCAAUUGCCUUUAAGCUGACUUUUUGGGAAAUUUGCACUGAUCAACUCAUACUGGGUUGAACUAAAAAUAUAUUUGAACAAUGCAGAUUCAUUUGCAGUCCUUUUGAUGUACUGUAAGCCUGCUCCCUCUUGAGUUAAGCUAGGCUGCAAGCCUCUUUCAUCGUGAAAAAGGAUUAUAUACCCAGAAGGUUUUCUGAUUCAUUUCAUUAGAUUUAAGUUUCUAUUUUAGGUUAUCUUUAUGUAACUUUGCUUCACAGACGAGGCCUGCUACCAAAACACGCAGUUUAUUUAAACCAACAGCCUUGCUGAUGUUAUCUUCAGUUCUACAGAUGUUUUGUGCUAUCACUGCAUCCAUGUUUCUCUGUGCUUUGGAUUAGUGUCAUACAAACUGUUUGUUAUGGAAAUAACGUGGGCCAUGGCUAUUCUCAAACUGUAUUUAAAUGAUUAUGGAAAAACAGUUA